AGCAGGGCUAACAUCUGCAGUAACAGGCAGCAAUGUGCAACUUGCUGAGGAUUUGGUUUGUAAGCCUACAAUAGGUCUGGAUAUGAUUCGGGGUCUCUACACGUCUUUAAGGAAUAUUCGCUGGAAUGUAUCACCAUAAUGAAAAUUUAGGUUUUACCACAUGCAGGAAAAUAUUUGAGACGGUGUCUGGCACACUACGAUACCACCUCCGUCUGACUUACAGGCACACUGGAUGAAGGGAAGCAAGCUGGAUUUAUGGAUAACACGUUUUUGGGGUUUUUGGAUGUAAGACUGUAAUUACAACAGGCAUCCUCCAAACUGCAAUACACUAAUUAAUCAAUAAGUAACAAACUUUGGUAUUUUAUAGGUUUGUGGAAAAUCUUGGAUACUGUUGACCAUGAGGUGGCCACUCGUUCUACUUUUUGUGAUCUUCCUAGAUCCGCUAGGUCUUCGGGACGACUGUGAAGCCGCAGCCAAGGCUAAAGGAAAAAAUCAAGGUCAAUCUAAAAAGCCUGGAAAUCCCAAAGGGAAGGAACUUAACAAUACAGCUGUGCCUCCCGUGGUGACCACCAAAAAGGUCAAACCUCCCAUUGUGCUAGCAUACGACAAAUGUAUGGGCUACUAUGAUGUCAGUGGGCAAUGGGACAAAGAGUUUGACUGCAACCACACUGUCCACUCGUACUGUUGCGGGACAUGUUCUUUCCGAUAUUGCUGUGACACGAAAAGCAAAAGACUUGACCAGGUAUCCUGCAAGAAGCCUAUAUGGCCUGAGACGGCCAGCACUAGUGUCAUUGAUGUGGUGGAAGUAGACGCCUAUGACCCACUCAAUGACAAAACCAACACAACUGUCUACAUCACCUGUGGUGUAAUUGCCUUCAUAUUUAUUGCGGGGGUCUUUGGAAAAGUGGCUUAUGACAAAGCAAGACGUCCUCCUCGGGAAAUGAACAUACACAGGGCACUCGCCGACAUUCUGAUACAGCAAGGGCCGAUUCCUAUUCCACAUUGUGAAAGAGAGGUGAUUUCAGCUAUUGACAACUCUCCGAAGGAAAAUACUCCCGUCAGAACCUCAAAAAAUCACUACACCCCAGUGCGAACAACAAAGACCAAUCAUGGAACAGCCUCUCGCCGUUUCUCGGACGUGCCCACGAACAUGGAGCCACCGGGCCACCUGAACACAAUAGGUCAUUAUACAAAAGACAUCUAUAGAAGUGGAGGACCUGAUCUUCACAAUUUUAUCUCUUCCGGCUUCGUCACCUUGGGCCGAGGACACCUCAAGGCGGGAGUCAAGGACUUUGCUCACUGGAGUCCAGAUGUGAUCAAGAACUGCAGACGAGAGAAGAGGAAGAUGCAAGAAGGGACGGGUGAGCAUCCGCAGAACUAUAACCACCUCGUGCUCAACAAUACGUCCCAGACACCAACAAACGAAAAACCACGCAUGAACAAUAUUCUCACUUCAGCAACUGAGCCGUAUGACCUGUCCUUCUCCAGAUCAUUUCAGAAUCUCUCCCAUCUCCCACCAUCCUACGAGUCAGCCAUGAAGACCAAUCCAAGUAAAUAUUCUUCUCUGAAGAAAUUGACUGAUAAAGAAGCUGAUGAAUAUUACAUGAGAAGACGUCAUCUUCCUGAUUUGGCAGCAAGAGGAACACUACCUCUCAACGUCAUUAAGAUGACUCAGGAUCAGUCAAACUACAGAGAGAGACCAAGAAGACCUGUUCGGGCCAUGUCUCAGGACAGAGUGUUAUCUCCUGAGAAAAACAUGCCUGAUGAGAGUUAUGGAUUGCCCUAUGACCGAAUCCUCUCAGAUGAACAGCUGCUGUCAGCUGAACGUCUCCAUUCCCAAGAUCCUCUUCUGUCCCCAGACAAGGCCAUGACCCUUAAAAGAUCAGAUUUCCAAGAGAAGUCCUCCAUGUCGAGAGCAAUCUCCCAAACAGAUGUCUUUGUUUCCACACCAGUCUUGGAUCGUUACAGGAUGACAAAGAUGCACUCUCAUCCCAGUGCCUCAAAUAACUUGUACAAUACUUUGGGUGUCAACCAAACUGCUGCCAAACGCCAAGCCUUUGCAUCCCGGCGGCACAAUACUGUGGAACAACUGCAUUAUAUUCCUGGACACCAUCAACAGUACCGUACAGCAAGUAAAACAGAAGUGACUGUUUGAUAGGACAGUGUGAAUUGUAGAUACUCAUAAUAGACUAAAGCAGUCCCAGGACACCACACUACAGUGGCCUUUGAGGGCCAAGAAGACCUCUUACAUGUUUCAUUGGUCAAUGCAUAUACAUGGCUCAUUCUAGUCUGCUUUUAACUGAAUUGGCAUAGAAGACAGGAUCUCACAGGAACCAAUGACCAUUCUGUAUUGUCCACCUUCAGACAUGGAGAGUCCGCUUGUUUCCAAGGAAUCGUUCAAGGGCUUACCUGUGCUUUACUAGUCUUUCCAAACUCAAAAAAAGGAAACAAACUAUUCCAUUUAUUACAAGCCGAAGAACAUGCCCUGAAGAACUGAUCUUUAAUGUUCAUCUAUGACACCAUUUUGCUGGAGGUGUAUAUGUAUGUUUGCUGCCUACCGGACAGAGCCCUUUGCUGAACCAGUACCAUGACCAUGCUUCUAUCAUAUUUGUAGCAUGUAGUCAACAGGGUUUGGUUUAUUUGCCCCCCCGCACCUCAAGUCCACAUCUUUCAUUGAUCCAUGUGAAAUCUUAGCCAAUUGUUUUAGAUGGGUAGGUUCUAAGUGAUAGAGGUGAUUUUUAUUUUAUUUAUUUUUUUUAAUCUGGGAGAAGGGUCAUCUUGCAAAGAAAAAAAAAAUAGUGCCUAUAAUUCUUCAUCUCUAUUACUUUCAGAGCCAGGAGUGCAUCUGGCCUCAGCCUGAUGCUACCCCUGACACUAAAAGGUUUAAUGUAGAAAUUAGUGAGUGUGUGUCUCAAUAAGCACAAGGCUACUAAUAUAGCUCAUUGUACAUUUGUCCUAUUUUUACAAUACCAACAACUUGUAAAUAAAUAUGUUAGAUAGGGGUGUAAAGAAAUAUAUAACUAAACAACAAAAAUAGGUUUUGCCGUUCAGCUUAUUGCCAAUAAACUGUGAGAGGCACAAUCUUCCUCCCUUUUCAUGAAUACAUUACAAAGUCAGUCAGCUAUAUCACAUGCAUAUUCUAUUGGAGCAAUAGAUCACCUUUGUAGGCUGCCUGUAUCAUAACCAGAAUGUUUUACUUAGCCACUAAUGCAUUUUACUGUUUAUGGGAAAUGUAUAUAUUGACUGCUGGUGAAGAAGCAGGUGCAAAUAUUUCUCAUGUCCAUGCUUUUUUUACUUGCAGCCUGUCCCAGUUUACUAACAAUUGAGCUGUGCAUUACUUGGACAAAAUGUUUUAAAAACCCCUGACAAUCAGAUUCUGGGGGUCAUGCACGAUUUGCCCAAUAAGACAAGGCAGUGACUUUUGGCAGCAUAGUGAAUGUACCAUCCCAGCUCUCUCAAUGAGUAGUGGUAAUGGUGGUUGUACAGUCAGCACGGGUGCUAGAUUUGUCUAGACGUAGUGUUCUUCCCAUCCAACUUCACUCACUGUGACGGAAAACAAGCAAGAUUGAACAUUAAAUAAAUCAGAUCUUUUCAUUGUCCUCUUUCAAAUGGACAGUCAUCCAUAUAUGCCCUAUAAAGAACAUCUAGUAGACUGGCCUUGGGGUAACUGGAUCUGAUAGAGCCCAUAUUGCACCCAAUACCGGCUCAUAUUCAUUCUAAAAGCAACCCAUCUCCAUGGAAGAAGGUGAUCUCACUGGAGAAUAUGGUAGUUUCGGUGGCAUGUUUUCAGUAAGUGUCCUUUUUCUGCAGUAUUUGAAAGUUUUGGUAACGUCCUAAGUUUUGCUGGGUCAAACAGAGUGAGUUUUGUCUCUGAGCUGUGCAGUGACAACCUAACCAGACUAUACUACAUGAAAUGUUACAUGGGACAGAGUUGUCUAAGUCAGAUCCUAGGAUUUUGUCCAAGAAGGUAGAGUCUAUAAAUUAGAUGGUACUUUAGUAAACUGAAUUUGGAGAAAGCUUCUUAUUAUUCUGCCUUAAUGGGGGCUAAUCCUAGGAGCAUGCCAAUAGACUACAUUUGAAUUGCCAAAAUAUCAUAUUCUCCUCCGCAUUGCACACACACAAGUAUUACAUAGUAUGCUGACUUUCAAACCUAAAUUGUACAUUUGGGGACCACUAUAUUGGGACGUUGUGUAAUCAUGUAUUAAACAGUAGAAAGAAACACUUUUUAAUUGUACCUCUCCCAUCUAAUUCUUGUUCUUAUACAAGCCAGGAGAUCCGUAACUGUGAACCCAGUGUUUAUAUUAUAAAUCUUAAUAAAAAAAAAUCUACAGACUUUUAAACAUUCAAUCAAUUUUUGAAACCUCUGCAUAUGUUGACCAAGUGUUAUCAACUGAAGUUGGUUUGGGUGACAAUCCGUUUUAUAAUAAUAAUAAAGGAAAAAAAUUACAGUAAAGUUAUUAGAUCUUAGUGUAGAAAAAGCUGUCUUGCAUGGGUAGUGAUACAGUCCAACAACCGAAUGGUUUAGUAUAGUAAAAUUAUUGGAUGAGUGUUGUGAAGCCUUAAAGACUAUGUCUACAAACUGCCAUUCUUCGUUUUGGAAGUCUCGACCUCAUCUUCAAUAACAGGAUGAAUGGUGGAUCUUCGUUCUGCUAGCCAUGGGCAACUGGGCUGGUAAAUGUUUCAUCCCUGCUUACAUUGGAAAAUUAUAAGGGCAAAUGGUGGCGAAAUAUUAACAUAGAACAUCAGUAUAGUCAACAACCUCGACGUGUGCGUAGGUAAUGAACCUAAGAGUUGUAAUGGAUAGUGAAAAGUUUUGUAUUAACCCAUUAAAAAUGGCAUACUUAUUUAAUUACAAUGAAUCAUCCAUUGAUGUUGCAUCCUGCAAGAGGGAUAUGUUUCACAAUCAUUUGGGGGUUUUUUUCUAGUCAAAGACACACAUUGGCAGUGGUGGGUAUGUGGGUACAUUCUGCCUGUGUAUUGUCCCCUCAAAGAACAUUUUCUUUAACGGAUUUGAAACGCGGUCUAUACCUAUCCCUGCUCCCCAGUCUAUCCAAAUCCUCUACCCAAAAGGUAGUAACCCUGAUGUCGUAGAACUACAAGUCCCAUGAUGCUUUGCAUGCCUUUAGAAUGUCAAAGCAUGCAAGCUGUAGUUUUAAAACAUCUGGGGAUCUACCUUCUGAGCACACCUGCUCUAGAAGCCGGGUUACAGUCUGUGAUGACGUGUGCAUCAACAAGACAAACCCAACCAUGUUGAAACUGUAUUACAAAUGUAAUUCUAAUGUAUGAUGAAUUGAAGAGUUAUUAAUUAUAUAAUCUCUAUUUACUGAAAUGUGUACCUACGUUAGGUUUAACAAGGAACUAAAGUGGAUAAGAACUUUUGUAUGCACUCUUAAGUAUCUUAUUUCCAGAGCUUGGAAGUAAGGCAUUGAAAUAUCAAAUAGUGGUGCUACUUGUACAGGACAGACCGAAGACUGGUGUUUUGAAUGUGUUUGUAAAACCCUUUUAUACCAUCUUUCUUGGCAUGUGAUACCAUGUAUCUACCAUCAUCUUUUGAAGAAUCCUUUCAUCAGUCUAUUUAUGGGGGAAAUGGACUUAAAGUUGAAACCAAAUGAAUCCUUCCUUUACAAUCCUUGUGUUAAUAUUAAGUCAGAAGACACUAUAAAAUUGGGCAAUCCCAAAGGGUCCAGGUAUAAAAGUCAUACCGACCGCAAAUGGUCAAAACCAUUAUCUAAUCAUGAUUGGUUGAUGAAACCUAUUCAUAAGGCAGAGAAGGAAUGGGCAAUGCAUAGAAAGCUGCACAUCAUAUUAUUGUGACAAAAAUAAGCCUUAAAAUUGUGAAUCUGCUAAUUGGGUUUGUUUUUAGAAAUGUCUCAGGGUUCCGAUAAAGUUUAUUUUCAUUCCAGAUCAUUGGUCAUCUAUAGAUACUUGUAACACAUGAACUUGUGUAUGGACCAAUGUAAUAGAGGUUUCAUAUUGUGUUUUAAACACAUGCAUGCCGGCAUCCUUUAGGAUAGCUCAUAAGAACCAUUAUGUAGCACCUGUCACUUGAUAUUUCUUGGAGUCAAGAAAGUCUUCCUUUGCCAUUAUGCUGGAGAGACUCAUCAACAGUUUUGGAACAGAUAUCGCUGGUACAACAAAAUGCAACAAAAAACAAACAAAUUAAAGAAAGGGGUCACCCCAAAAAAGUCUAAAAAAAAAUAAUCACCCAGUGAAAUGUAAAAUAAAGAUGGGGCACCUUUCCAGUCUUGUUUGUGAAUGCUGGCAAACCUUGCCUUCAAACGUAAGCAAUAGUGAAACUUGGGUGGACUUGUUUUAUUGUAUAUUUGGACGGUUUGCUUUGUUACAGGCUGGUGCUAACAUUAGCAUAUAUCCUGUUCUGUAUCCUUUUAGAUAUCCCCAGCCUUGUUCAUUAGGGCGGUUAGAUUACUGCUUCUCUGUGUCAGAAAUAUUAACUGCAGAGCUUCAUUCAACACAGCAAGACUCAUACUUCAUCAGUAUAUUUCAACGUGGUGGAAUGACUCUUAAACAAGGCAAUAUUCAAGAAAUCAUUAAAGGCCAUUAUCACGACUUUACCUGUGCCCCAAAAUGCUGGCACGGGCUCGUGCAAUAUUGUAACAGAUGACGGAUAUAUUGCUUCCACAACAUGCGUAAUCCCUGGCAUCUGUUUUCUAAAAACUAGCUUCAGUCUAUUACAUUAUUGGGGGUUUUCUGCAUAGAAUAAGGAAAAAAUAAAAGUAAUGAUCUGGACCAGUGAUGGACAUUUUACUCAUUGCACUAACUUACCUCGAUAAGUGCGCAUUCAUUCCCAGCCGUACUCACAGUAACUGAACGUGCCAAACUAAUAAUUGCUAUAAGGAAUUUCAUUAACAUGCAGUCCAUCUGUGAUUACAUACUUGCCGUUUCAACACUGUGACUUUACAUUUCCAGUUAUUUAAAGGAACCACAACAUAUAUAGAUGUGUGUAUAGAUCUAUAAUCUAUCUAAUAGCAUAUCGCAAUAUUCCGUAUUUAGAAUGUGCA